CUCUUGGAGUCUUGGUACCAAAAAGAAACACCAAGGAUUUCGCGCGCAGAUGCUCCAGUUCUUCAUCAAUGGUGAUAUCAACUCUCUUCUAACCCAGCGGACGUCGUCGCUCUUCAUCGGCUUUCAUCGUCUGUGAGCGUUGCAAGUGUACUCGCCGUCGUGGAGGUCCUCUGUGUUGUGCAUUCAGAACUUGUACAUUCCCGUCUCAGUCUUCGUUAUCGCGUUAACGUGCUCUCGAAGUACUCGCCGUCGCAUUCUCGUCAUCAUCCUCGUUGCUUGUGUUCUGGGUCUUAUUCCUGCUCUACAGGAAGUUAUGCUAGGAUCACAUCAUAGAUUUUGUUCUAGGCAUAUAUGGCAGAGUUUUGCUAAAAAAUGGAAUGGUCUUGACUUCAAAGGAGCAUUGUUCAGCUGUGCAAAAGCCAUGACGCCCCAGGAAUUUGAUGCUGCCAUGGACAGAGAGUUAAGAGGAUGAACCCUCACGCAUGUGAAUAUCUUAGGCGAAUUGAACCUUGUCAAUGGAGUCGAUCACAUUUUAGCGAGUGGCCGAAGAGCGAUAACAUCACAAACAACAAUGCCGAGGUUUUCAACGGUUGCAUAAAAAAGAUGAGGGGAAAGCCAAUUAUCACCAUGCUAGAAGAGAUUAGAUGUUACAUUAUGCGCAUCUUGGCCAGGAACAAGAAGGCACUGGUAGGGUAUAUGGGCAGGAUUACUCCAGUUCAACAGAGUCGAUUGGAAGUCGAAAAGAGGUAUAGCAAUCAUUGGAGGCCUUUCCCAACGGGUGAUUUAGCUGGUAACAUAUUUGAGGUUCAAUGCUUGCCAAUUAAGGUCAGCGUAGACUUGGGCAAGAAAACUUGUAGUUGCAGAUUUUGGCAAUUAAAUGGUCUCCCCUGUCGACAUGCUUGUGCUGCUCUAGCAUAUCAGAAUAGAAGACCCGAGGAAUAUGCGAACAAUUGGCUCACUAUUGGAGCAUACAACAAAACAUAUGAGUUCCUAGUUCAAGCUGUUCCUAGCAAGGAGUUUUGGGAAAAGCAUGGGUAUGCAAACAUUUUGCCUCCAGCAUACAAGAGGCCGAGUGGAAGACCAACAGUGAAGAGAAACAAAAGGAAUGAUGCACCAGAGCCACAACCAGAUCCUCACAGAGUCAAGCGAAAAUAUGGACAAAUAGUUUGCCAAUAUUGUCUUAUUGCCGGACAUAAUAGUAGAACAUGUCAAAAAAAGAAGGACGACAUGGCUGCACCCAAAGAAGCAGGACCAGCAGCAGUCCCAGAUGCAGCACCGACAGCAGUUCUAGAUGCAGCACCGGCAGCACCAGCUGCACCUGUAACAGCGCCAUCUAUGGUGAUACCAAACCCUGAUCCACUUAUUCCUCCUUAAGCCAACCAACCUCCAAUUCAACUAGCACCUAUAAGGCCACCACCAAUAAGACCUUCAAUGCAGAAUAUUUCUUCUGAUAGCAAGAGGCCAGCCAAAAGGAAGAAUACUAAGAGGCCUCCUCCAACUCUAUUCAAUAACAUGAGACCUCCUUCAAUAAGCAACCCCUCAAGUAGGCCUAUUGUUAGCCAAGAAACCAUGCAUGGUGCUAGUGCUGGAACAUCUACCAGAUUCAUGCAAUUUAUACUGACUCCAAGACUUGGAACACCAACAACUGGAUUCUCUAGUGGCAGUAGUAAUUCCACACCUAGUUAGGGCCUAAGAUUGAUUGGAUUAAGAAACUUUUGUUGUAGUGUUUAGAUAUGCCUGUUACAUAGACCAUGUUCACUUCAAUCUUUUUGGGAACUUAGUUAUAGUAUUUUGGUUUAGAGUUACAUUGACCAUGGUUUGUUUUGUUACUUAAUUCUCAUCAAACAACUAUGAUGAAUUAGCAUGAACUUAUAUGUCUACUAUGUUAAUGGGAGAUGAUUACAUAUUUGGCAUUGUCCCACAUUGAUUUGGUACAAGAAUUUUC